UUAUGCCGCCAGGCAGAAGGUCACCCGAUUAAUACUUCUUCCCGGUCUUAUCCCCUCGCUCAUUCCGGUGACAAAGUGAAGGAAUUGCAAUACCCUCACCACUAGAAGAACGGCGAAGCCAGAGCAACUUCACGGCGAUUUCUGUCUGCAGGCGGUGGGCUUCCAAUGUCGCGUGGUACGGGCCGCCUCAUGAAGGCGGUGCAGCAAAAGCUUGACAUCUACUCAAAGAUCUUUGUUGCUCGCUACGGGCAGCAGGUGAUAGACCUACUGGAGCUCCCUAUAAAAGUUGUGCUCUCUCCCUUCACCCUCGCCUUCGACAUCGCCGGCUCCGCUCCCCGAGGUUUCGGUAUCCCCGAGCUCGCAUCCCACCUCUCCUUCACUGCCAUCUUCGCGGUUGCGACGCUGGGUACCUAUGAUAUUGCCCUGGAGUUGGGGAAAAAAGUGCUAUGCCAGAGGAAUUGUCACACCUGCAAUGGUUGGCAAGCCUUACGGUGCACAAUGUGCAAGGGUACAGGAAAAGUACACUAUCAAGUGAGGAAUUACAGGUUAAAUAGUGGAGAGCGGGCAACUGCUGAAUGUGUUGCUGAAGCUGUUGCAGAGAACCGUGCUGAGCUGGUGCAUCUUCCUUCUUCCAUUGACUUUUCAGCACCAUUGCCUACCAAAGAUUGUUCAAGUUGUUCAGGAACGGGUGUGAUGGGUUGUCCAGAUUGUAGGCAUCAUGUACCACUCAGGAUUUCUGCAGAUGAUAUUAUGGAACCACCAUGGAAAGCUUAUAAUGUCAUGAGAAAGAUGGACUAUCCCUAUGAGCAUAUUGUUCAUAGCAUGAAGGACCCAAAGAUUGCUGCAUUUUGGUUGUUUACCUUCCCUCAAGUUGUUGGAGGGUGCAACUAUGAUGAUGAAAUCAAGCAAAAGAUUUGGUGGGCAUACAAGGAUUCUAUGAGGUAUGAUCAACUUCGGGAUGCAGUUGCUAAGCGGAAACCUGGUUGGGAGCAUCUGCAAAGUGCUCUCAUUUCUUUAGAUCCUACUCGUGCAAGGGAUGAUCCAGUUAUAGUAAAAAAUAUUCCUUAUUACAAGGCAAAGAAAAUACUUGAGGCGGAGGUCAUGAAACUUGAAGUCCCACCUCGGCCUAGCAACUGGGGUGAUUUGGAUCUUCCACUAACUGAAUCUUCAUGGACGAAGGAAGAGCUGAAAGACCCUAAUAAAUUAUUAGAGAUGGUUAGUCUUCUGACUGCACAAAGAGAAUUGGCAGACAAAAUAUUAGAUGCACAAUGGGAAGCCCAAUGGCGACAGAAUAAAUUUCAAGAAAUAUUAGAUGAGAAGCUGCAGCCAUAUGUUCAGAGUGUAAAGGGCGUUCUUCCUCAAAUUAUAGCCACGCCAUCCCCUAAUCAAGAAAACAAGAUUCAGACGAAGACAAGAAGACGUAGGUGGUGGUUUUUCUAACUCAUGAGAGUAGGUGCUUUCACAGUUGCAGAUCUUGUAGAAGGUGCGCCAAUUUAGUGCAUGAUUGAAGCUUAUUUUCGUAUAUGGUUGGAACUUACAAACCUCAUCAGAUCAUAAAAGAGGCUUCAUCCAGUAUUUGUUUCUACUGCAGUUCUCAAGCCUAAGCAACCAUUUGUGAAUUUGAUCAAUAUUAGGCUUUUUCAAGUGUAUGAAGAAAGAUUGGUUCUGCUAUUUUUGUCUUGAUUUAGAUAUAUAAAAGAAAAAUAUAUAUAUAUACUGAGUUUUAUAUUUAUUAAAUUUGAUUUGAGA